AUGCCCUUCCCACUCUUCUCGAACCCAUUCCACUCCAGAAACAACACCACCCACGAACCAACCAGCAGCGAACCCAAAAACAGCAGCGAACCAAACAGAAGCACCAUCCUCAGACCCAUCGUCAACUCAGCCCGGAACCGCACACAGUCACUCGCAACAGCCCACCACCCAACCAGCCGCCCGAAAACCGCACAGGAAACACAGCUCAUCAAGAAAAUCAAGUCCUAUGGCGCACCCGAGAAGACCCGCCCACCCCCGCUCAAGCUCGCAUCGCGCUCCGCAUCGGCCGCCGCAACCGUCUUCGACAUCCCUCCCCAGAAGGCCUCCUCCCGCCCCACCGUCCCGCGUCGCGCGAGCAGCCUCGACUCGAUCACCGCCGGCUUCCAGCUCCCCCCUCCGCCCCCGCCCCACUCGCCCCACCAGCAAUACCUCCAGAACGCCGGCUUCCUGCAGACCCCGCGGACCCUGUCGGGGUGGUCGAGCGGGCCGGCCUUCUCGGAGUCCAGCGAAGAGCUGCUCGCCCGGCCCUCCUCGCGCCCAAGCACCGCCGGCACCACCCCGCUCUCCUCAGCGGGCGCGCUGCGCAGCCGGUUCAGCCCGCGCGACACCCGCCCGCUCUUCGCGCCCCACCAGGCGCUGAAGCCGCGCCUGCUCCUCGCCGCCUCCGCCUCGCGCACCUCGCUCAGCCCCCCCAAGCCCGCCCAGCCCCCUCCCGCCAGCCCCUCCAAGCUGCUCGACCCCCUCGAGAUCGUCUCCUCCGUCGCCAGGCCGGCGCCCGCAGCCGCACCCGCCUCGUGGACCCUCGACGUCUCCGGGGCCCCCUCCUGCGUUCUCGCCGACCUCCCCGGGCCCAUCCUGCGUCUCACACACGCCCCCAAACACCCCGCCUCGCCCGCCUGGCUCGAGCCCCAUCUGCAGAAGAUCGUCACCACCGCCGCCGACGGCGCCGAGCGCGUCGAGUGGGAGCUGCGCCUCGCCCCGCCGGCCGUCUCCCCCGCGGCCUCCCCGUGCUCCUCGCCGCAGAGCAGCACCGUCGCCGCGCCGGCCCCCGGACACGCCCUCACCGCCCCAAGCCCGCCCCGCGCCCUCGCCAAGCCCGCGCCGUCCGUCGUCAUGCUCAACCUCAACACCUUCCGGGCCAGCGCCUGGCCGGACGCCGGCCCGCGUCGCAGCCCCCCGCCGCGCGCCGCCCCGCUCGCCGCGCUCUUCGGCCCCACACGCCUCAACACCGUCGUCGCCCGCCCCCUCCCCGUCCAUCCCCCGUCCACCGGGCCCCGCCCCGGCACCCCGCUCGGCCGUCCCUCCUCCCAGGAAGACACCGGGCUCCGCAGCCGGCCCCCGCUCGCCCGCGGCCCCAGCGCCGCAAGCUCCGCCUCCUCCCGCCUCGAGAAAAGCUACUGGUCCGAGACCGAUACCGCCACCGGAAGCAGCAUCGGCGGCGGCCUGCCCUUCUCUGACCUCGCUGCCUCCCCGCUCGCUGGCCCCGGCCCCAACCCUGCGCCCGAGCUUUGA